UACAGCUUUUCAGAAUUUAACAGUAGUGUUAAUUUGGUCAUGAGAGACUGUAAAAAAAUGUGUGACACACCCAGUUGCACUCAAAGCUCACACCUAGACUGGACAGCUGCCAGAGAGGGAAAUUCUUUGAAAUCACAUGACACAAAAGAAACUGAAAGGAUUCAAAAACAUUUAAAGAUAUGUGGCCUCAGACGAUCCAUACCAGUACACAACACUGGACAGACAACAACAACUAUAGGACUGGACACUCAUCUUUGAAAUUCAGCAGGAGUAAAUCAUUACUUGCACUUCUUUCCACAGGAACAACUGAAGUCAUGGGAGGAUGGUUCUCCUUUUCCUCACCGCCUUUGAUUGAAGAAUGGAGGAAAAUACCAUGGGGCCACAAAGAGAGAGACCUUCAGUAUGUGGAGGAUUAUCAGCCUCAUAAUGAAGAACUCAGACAGCUCAGAAUUCUGCUUUAUGGACCGGCUGGUUCUGGCAAGUCCAGUUUCGUCAACUCUGUCGACAGUCUUUUGCAAGGCAGAAUCACUCGUCAGGCUUUAGUUGAUGCAACCUCUGGCGACAGCUUCACUGCUGAAUACAGAACCUUCAAUAUCCAAAAAGGAGGACCAGGAACAUUUUACCCUUUUGCCUUUACUGACAUUGUGGGCCUUCAGAACGGAACUAACAGAGGAGUUGGUGUGGAGGACAUCAAACAGGCCAUGAGGGGACACGUAAAAGAUGGAUAUAAUUUCAAUCCUCUCUCUACAAUAUCUGAGGAUGAUCACAGCUACAACAAAACCCCCACUCUAAAUGACAAAGUUCAUGUUCUGGUUUGUGUUGUCUCUGCCAACACAGUAAAUUUACUGAGUCCUGAAACUGCAAAAAAGAUGAGGGAUGUCAGACUCAAAGCCAGGGACAUGGACAUUCCCCAACUGGCUAUUCUCACCAAAAUUGAUGACGCCUGUCUAGACGUCAAAAGAGAUAUAAAGAACGUGUACAUGAGCAAGUCCCUGAAGAAAAAGAUAGAGGAAUUGAAUGUGUCGCUGGGUAUUCCACUGAACUGUAUCUUUCCUGUGAAGAACUACCACUCAGAGAUUUACACAGAUGAUGACAUUGAUACGCUGAUACUGAGCGCACUGAGACGGAUGAUUGAUUUUGGAGAAGAUUUUGUCAACAACCUGUAGACCUACAUACUUGCUUUAUCAGAGCAUGAAAAAAGCUAAUUUGCAAACACAAAUGUGUAGAAGUAAGGAAAUACAGUAGGCAGUAUCACUAUUUGGAUUUCAUUUGCAAGCAUAUAGUAUCCACUUUAAGUUAUUUUAUAACCUGUUCUCUAUUUUACCUUGUUGAAUAAAAUAUGCAUAAAGGCUUAAAACCUGCAUGUGCAUAAAGCAGACUUGUAUCAUUCUCAUCAUGCAGUUUAGUUUUUGCAUUGUUGCAUUGUUAGCUAUGCUUUGUUGAUUCAGGUGGUAAAUUCUGGAGUUGUAGUCUCCCAGUAAUCAUGAAUCUGGUGAUUAGCAGGUCCAAAGACAUCUAAAUGUUGAAGUUAAAACUGGGCUAAAUGUGGCUGAAAAUAUAUAUUCAAUUUAUUUAGACAUCUGGUUACAUAAUCUGCACCUGUUGUUUUAACAGCAUAUGUGUGUGUUUCAAUGUUUGAACCUGUUAUAUAUACGUACUACGGUACUGCUGUUCAGGUAAAACCACAAUAAAAAACUAAAUUAAUGAAAUGCAACAUUAGUUUCCCUUUAUUUAAUUCCUUCUAGUCCAUACAGUACACUAUACUGUAUUGCAAAAAGUCGAGCUUUAACUGUGGGAGCCAUUGUCUCAGUGACAUCCUCGGCUCCUGACUCGUUGCAACGAAGGUCAUGAUUGUGUCACACUGGUCAGAUUUAUCUGUGUACAAUGUGUAUGUGCACUCCUCCGUGGACUCAAAGCUGGCUUGGACAUUUCAGGCCAAGACAUAACACA